AUGACGUUUCCUGCUCGCCUCACCUCCAGGGCACGCCCGUCCAUUCAAGCCGCCGUUCGCCCUGUUAACCAGCACACCCUCCGUGAGGCGGAGCUCUUGCUCGCUGCAAGCGCCAAGCUGAUUGACGGCCAACUGAACAAGAAGCAUAUCUCCGCAGCCUCACCCCAGGGAAGUGACGCGGAAGAUUACUUCGCAAAGCUGCUUCCAGUUCUCAAGUCUCUCGCCACCAACCCUCUGCCACGGUCGGAGUACUCGAUGCUUGGAGUACAGGACCGCUUGGGUGCGUGCAUUCGCUAUGGCGCGCUCUGCACCAUGACGUAUCCAAAGCGUACCGCCGUGCUGGAACAUAUCCGGUUGGCAGGCUUGGCUUCAUCUCACCUGGCUCAGACUCCAUUGUCCAGCGCCAUCUCGUUGCCUAGCGCCCGUGUAAAGGUGGUUUCAGUCGUGAGGGUGCCUGCACUCCGCACCGGUGUCAGCAUCUCAACUGGAAAGUCUGUGAUGUCGAAGCCCAGGGUGACCACCAUGGGACCCUCCAAGCGGCCGAUUCAUACCUCGAGCCGGAAUAGUGAACCCACAAGGGAGGGCUUUGAACGCAAGCCGGAGAGUCGCUGGGAGUCUUGUGCUCUCCUCGGGUUUAGCGGACUGUCAGGAGUGGCUGGAAUGGUCUUCUCCAUGCUCUUUGCUGAUAUUGGAGGACCGUGGAUCUCUGCCAACAUCUUCUAA